AUGGAGCAGCCUACCAAUACCACCGAUACCAAGAACAUGAAGCAGAUCGUCCCCGAGGUCACCUGGGCCCAGCGUUCGUCCACCACCGAGCCCGAGAAGAACCACAUCUACAUGACCAUUGUCGUUCCUGAUGUUGACUCCAAGAACUUGAAGCUUGAUCUUCAACCCUCAUCGCUUGAAUACACCGGUUACUCAGAGAGCAAGAAGGCCACCUACCACGUCAAGAUGGACCUAUUCGCCGAGAUUGACCCCAAGGAGAGCAAGAUCAACCACUCUUCGCGCUGGACCGAGCUGGUUCUGCAAAAGAAGGAGCUCAACGAGGAGUACUGGCCUCGUCUCCUCAAGGACAAGCAAAAGGUUCACUACAUCAAGACCAACUUCGACAAGUGGGUUGAUGAGGAUGAGCAGGACGCCGUUCCCGAGGAUGACGACUACAUGUCCCGCAUGGGUGGCAUGGGC